GAGAGCGAGACAGCUGAAGCUGCAGCUCUGGUCUCUCACUCCCUGUUCGUCCUCUGUGUCUCUCGUUCACUUUGCCUCUCUCUCAUUUUAAGGAUAUUUUCUGGAUAUAACUGACGCCCAUAUAUGGACCUCACUGUGUUUGUCGUUGGGAUUUGACAGAGCUCUGCUGUGUGUGUGUGUGUGUGUGUGAGAGCCAUGCUGCGUGUGUUUAUUCUGUGUGCAGAGCGUCUGCUAACGCCAGACGACGACGUCAGUGAUGCCUACUGCACCGUCACCUAUGAAGGGUCUAAGAAGAAGACAAAGGUCAUCAAGAACAACUCUAACCCUGUUUGGAACGAGGGUUUUGAAUGGGAUCUGAAGGGGAUCCCUCUGGACUCUGGAGCAGAGCUGUACUGUGUCGUCAAAGACCAUGAGAAGAUGGGGAGAAACAGGUUUCUGGGGGAAACCCGGCUGGGUCUCAGAGACGUGCUCAACUCUCCAAACCUGGCCGCCACCUUCACCGUCUCCCUGCUGGACACCAAGAGAAACAACACAGGGGCCACGCUGACCCUGCAGAUUUCCUACAUCCCUCCUCCAGGAGCGGCUCAAAUGUUCCAGUUCCCCCCCCAGCCCGAGCCUCUGUCCCAUAACAACCCCAGUGUGGAGCUGGACACUGUCACAAUGAUCUCUCUGGACACGUUGGGCGAGGAGGACACGGAGAGUAUGAUGAUGCUGGAGCCAACAGAGGACCAAGGUCCCGACGACGGACGCUCCAUGAUCAUCGUGGGUCCUCAGGGGCCUUCGGGCCACGAGUCCCCCACCGCCCAGACGCCUAAACGCUCGCCACCGUCCUACAACACCCACGGAGGGCUGAGGAAGCGCAGGAGAGGAGCCAGCAGUCAGCCAAAACCACUGGCCAAUAAACCACAGGACUUACAGGUUCGUGUGCGGGUCAUCGAGGGCCGACAGUUGCCCGGCAUCAACAUCAAGCCUGUCGUCAAGGUAAUGUUAUCCGGACAGACCAAGAGGACCCGCAUCAGAAAGGGCAACAGCCCGCUCUUUGAUGAGACGUUCUUCAUGAACUUCUUCGAGACUCCGUCAGACUUGUUCGAUGAGCCGAUCUUCAUCACUGUGUGCGACUCCCGCUCACUCAGAACGGAUGCUGUGAUCGGAGAAUUCAAGUUGGACGUGGGCACCGUCUACAAUGAGCACAGACACUGCUUCUUGAGGAAGUGGCUGCUGCUGUGUGACCCCGACGACCUCUCUGCCGGGGUCAAAGGUUACCUGAAGGUCAGCCUGUUGGUUUUGGCCGCUGGAGAUGAGCCACCGGCUGAUAGACGCGAGUGUGUGGAAGAUAAAGAAGAUAUAGAAGGAAACCUGCUGAGACCGGCUGGUCUGUCUCUGAGAGGAGCCACGUUCACUCUGAGGAUCUUCAGAGCUGAAGACCUGCCACAGAUGGACGAUGCCUUCAUGGACGGGAUGAGGCAGAUUCUUGGGUUUGACAGCAACAGGAAGAACCUGGUGGAUCCUCUGGUGGAGAUCCACUUUGCUGGCAAAACUGUGUGCACUAAGAUUAUGGAGAAGAACGCCAAUCCACAAUGGAACCAGAGUCUGGGCAUGCCGAUCAGGUUUCCCUCCAUGUGUGAGAAGAUGAGGAUCAGAAUCCUGGACUGGGACCGAGCCAGUCACAAUGAUGUCAUCGGCACCACCCACCUCUGUAUGUCUAAGAUCUCCGCCCCCGGUGGAGAGAUAGACGAUGACUUGACUCCACGGACCUUCCACUCUGGCAUCGAUGAUAGUCUUGGUUUCCUGCCAACGUUCGGUCCUUGUUUUGUCAACCUGUACGGCAGCCCGAGAGAGUUCACCGCCUUCAACGAUCCACACGAGGCGCUCAACCUGGGAAAAGGGGAGGGCGUGGCGUACCGAGGUCGAGUUUUACUGGAACUGACUACGAAACUGUCGGACAAGCCGGAGCAGAGAACUGACGACGUCCCGUCAGACGACCUGCUGGUGGUGGAGAAGUUUCUCCGGAAGAGGAAGUUCUCUCUCUUCGUGGCGUUUUACUCGGCCACGCUCCUCCAAGACGUCGACGACGCCAUCCAGUUCGAGGUCAGCAUCGGUAACUACGGCAACAAGUUCGACUACACCUGCCUCCCUCUGGCCUCCACCACCCAGUUCAGCAGGGCUGUGUUUGACGGUUGCCACUACUAUUACCUCCCCUGGGGAAACAUUAAGCCCGUGGUGGUUCUGUCUUCAGAGUGGGAAGAGAUCAAACCGAGGAUCGAGGCUCUCAACAUGCUGCUGGCUGUCAUAGAGAGACUGGAGGAGCACCUGCAGCGGGUGCAGCUGGAGGUGAAGGCGGGCGGAGAUCUGGAGGAGGUGGAGCUCCGCGUGGUGGAGCUGUUGGAUCAGGUCAUCAUGGACUGCAGUGACGAGCUGCCCUCUCUGGAUCAGUGGCCGUGUGCGACCCCUCUGGACCGCUCGCUGAGACACAUCCGCUCCCUCCACCUGCAGCAGAUUGUCGCAGCGGCGGAGGCUCUGAAGCACGGACCUGCCACGGAGCUGACCACCGUGCUGGAGCAGGCGGAGGACUGGGCCAGCAGGCUGAGGAUGAUGGCCGAGGAGGUGAGUCACCAUGUUCCCCGUCAGCUGAUGAAGGAGCGUGUGAAGGAACCACUGAGAACAUCUGCUGCCAACUUGAUGUUUCCAGGAUUCCUCCCUGAGAACCUGCAGGAAUGGCCGGAGGAGUCGGACCUUCCUCACCCGCCCCCCCAGAGAGAGCCCAACGUCUUCGUGGUUCCUCAGGGAAUCAAACCUGUUCUGCAGAGAACCGCCAUCGAGAUCUUAGCGUGGGGCGUCCGCAACCUGAAGAGUUUCCAGCUGGCAAGCAUCACCUCCCCGAGCCUGCAGGUGGAGUGUGGAGGCGUCAUGGUCCAGAGCUGCGUCAUCCGCAGCAUGAAGAAGAAGCCCAACUUUGACGUCAACACGCUGAUCCUUGAUGUGAGACUUCCCUGUGAGGAGCUCUACAUGCCGCCGAUCGUCAUCAAAGUCAUCGACAACCGUCAGUUUGGCAGGAAGCCGGUGGUCGGUCAGUGCACCAUCCGCUCGCUGGAGGACUUUCGGUGCAGCCUGGAGGAGGAGGGAGCGGCGGCGGAGGAGCAGGAGGAGGAGGAGGGAUGGAGACGUGACACGCCGCAGUACAUUUGUGGGGAGGUUUUCAUAGACAUCGAUGACGAGGAGCCGCUCGUGCCCGACCAGGCCGAGGAGUUCUUGGACUGGUGGAGUAAGUUCUACGCUUCCACCGGAGAGAAGAACAAGUACGGGACGUACCUGGAGAGAGGCUUCGACACGCUGAAGGUGUAUGACCGGGAGUUGGAGAAGGUCGAAGGUUUUGAAGGUCUGUCGGAUUUCUGUCAGACGUUCAAGUUGCAAAGAGGAAAGGCUCAGGACGAAGGAGAAGAUCCGUCCGUGGUGGGAGAGUUCAAGGGGAUGUUCAAGAUCUACCCGCUGCCCGACGACCCCUCCACCCCGACCCCCCGCAGACAGUUCAGAAAGCUUCCUCCCAACGGCCUGGAGGACUGUUUGAUCCGAGUCUACAUCAUCCAGGCUCAAGACCUGCAGCCCAAAGACACCAACGGGAAGUGUGACCCCUACGUAAAGAUCACUUUGGGGAAAAAGGCCAUCAACGACCAUGAAAACUACAUCCCCAGCACCCUGGACCCGGUCUUUGGAAAGAUGUUCGAGCUCACCUGUUCCCUCCCUCUGGAGAAAGACCUCCGUGUGAUGGUGUACGACCACGACAUGCUGACCAAAGACGAGAAGAUCGGAGAGACGCUGAUCGACCUGGAGAACCGCUUCCUGUCCCGCUACGGAGCCAUGUGUGGCCUGCCGCAGUCCUACUGUGUGUCGGGGGUGAACCGGUGGCGAGACCAGCUCACCCCGAGGCAGCUGCUGCACCGAGUGUGUGAGCGGCGAAACCUGCGAAAGCCCGUCUACCAGGACGACGUGGUCCACUUCAGAGGAGACCGAUACACCGCGGCUGACCUGGAGGACAAAAAUGAGUCCAAACGUCACCUCGGCCCAAUUAAGGAGCGACUGUCCCUCCUCAUCUUGAGGAAACUUGGAUUUGUUCCGGAACAUGUGGAGAACAGAGCGUUAUACAGCCCGCUGCAGCCGGACAUCGAGCAGGGCCGUCUGAUGAUGUGGGUGGACCUGUUCCCCAAGUCCCUGGGACCCCCCGGACCCGCGUUCAACGUGACACCACGCAAGGCUAAGAGGUUCUUCCUGCGUUGCAUCAUCUGGAACACCAGUGACGUCAUCCUGGAUGAUGUCAGCGUCAGCGGGGAGAAAAUGAGUGACAUCUACGUCAAAAGCUGGCUCGACGGGCACGAACACAACAAGCAGAAGACCGACGUCCACUACCGCUCUCUGGGCGGAGAGGGAAACUUCAACUACAGGUUGCUGUUUCCCUUCCACUACUUACCUGCAGAGCAGCUGUGUGUCGUGGACAGAAAGGAACAUUUCUGGAGUCUGGAUAAAGCUGAGACUAAAGUGGCUCCUAAACUGACCAUCCAGAUCUGGGACAACGACAAGUUCUCCUUUGACGACUACCUCGGUCACCUGGCGAUGGACCUGAACCACAUGCUGCGUCCGGCCAAGUCUCCAGAGAAGUGCACCCUGCAGCUGCUGCAGCAAGCGGCCGACAAGCUGGUGUCUCUGUUUGAGCAGAAGACCGUCAAAGGCUGGUGGCCCUGCACCUGCGAGCAAAACGGAGAGAAGAGCAUCGCGGGGAAGGUGGAGAUGUCUCUGGAGAUCGUGACGGAGCAGGAGCACGAGGAGCGACCAGCCGGCCCCGGCAGAGACGAACCCAACAUGAACCCUCACCUGGAGGAGCCUCAGCGUCCAGAGACCUCCUUCCUGUGGUUCUCCUCCCCCUUUAAGACCCUCAAGUUCAUCCUGUGGAGGCGGUUCAAGUGGCUGAUCAUCCUCUUCAUCAUCCUCUUCUUCCUCUUCCUCUUCUUCGGUGUCUUCCUCUACUCCUUCCCGAACUACGCCGCCAUGAGGCUGGUGGGACCUUUCGGACCAGCCAAGGCAGCGGAGUGAUGGCGGAGGAGCGGCGAGGGAAGAAAGUGAAGAAAGUUUCUACAAGUGAAACUAGGUUGAAUUGAACUCCUCGUCACGUUUUCUUCCCGAGCCGUUAGAAGGAUUCUGUCUUCAUCUGAGAAGUCGACACUCUUGUACAGAGAGACCUGAUUAUUAGUGCCCGAGGUUCAUGAACGCCUCUGACAUGGCGUGUGUGUGUGUGUGUGUGUGUGUGUGUGUGUUUCCGUGUGUGCCAUCGCUGUCUCCUCACAAACAUUACUGCUGUCAGAUCCCAGCAUGCGUCCUCGUCCUCGCUCCAUCUCCUCCAUCUCCUCCGGCCUCACGCAGAGAAGAAGCUCGUCGUCGCCGCCGCCGCCGCGCUUCCAACACGGCGGAAGCAGAAUCAAAGAGUGUGAUGUUGUUGAUCUUUUCACCGCCUGCUGUUUCCCGGCAGCGUCGGGCAGCGGGGACCGAACGCCUUCAAACUGUCAAACCUUUAGCGCUUCAGAUUGAAAGUUUAGGAGAAGAUUGUCCCUCUGUGUAGAAGGAAACUUCAUAUCUUCUCUGUUUGUCCUGAUCUUCCUCCGCAGAUUACAAAUAACUAUUAACGCACAAUAUGUAACCUCCAUGUUAUAUUGUGCUUCCUCUUCUCUCCUUCCCUCCUCCCUCUCUCUCCUCCUCUUCCUCCCUCCUCUCUCCUCUCCUCCUCCAUCUCUCUCCUUCUCUUCCUCCCUCCUCCCUCCUCUCUCAUCUCCCUCCUCU